GAGAUCAUACGAAAAUAAGCGUAAACACCAGAAAUGUGUUUAUUGAAUGUACAGGCACAGAUAUUACAAAGGCAAAAAUUGUCCUCGAUAUUAUGGUCACAAUGUUUAGUGAAUACUGUGAGAAGCCGUUCAGUGUUGAAGCAGCAGAAGUAGUUUAUCCAAAUGGGAAGACCCACAUCUAUCCGGAACUGGCCUACCGAAAAGAGAAGGUGAAACCUGAACUCAUUAACAAGAAAAUAGGAAUCAGUGAAACUCCUUCCAGCCUUGCAAAGCUGCUGACCAGGAUGUGUUUGAAGUCACACGUCGUAGGGAAUGGGAACAGUAUAGAGAUUGAAAUCCCUCCUACCAGAGCGGACAUUAUCCAUGCAUGUGAUAUCGUGGAAGAUGCAGCAAUAGCUUAUGGUUAUAACAACAUUCAGAUGACUAUUCCGAAAACGUACACCAUAGCUAAUCAACUCCCCCUCAAUAAGCUCACAGAACUUCUGAGACUGGACUUGGCAGCUGCUGGCUUCACUGAAGCGCUCACUUUUGCCCUGUGUUCUCAAGAAGACAUUGCUGAUAAACUUGGCAUGGAUAUCUCUGCCACAAAAGCAGUCCGCAUAGCGAACCCCAAAACUGCAGAAUUUCAGGUGGCGCGUACAACCCUCCUUCCUGGGCUCCUGAAAACUAUUGCUGCUAACCGAAAGAUGCCCCUGCCCCUCAAACUCUUCGAGAUUUCGGACGUCGUAGUAAAAGAUCCUGAUACAGAUGUAGGUGCAAGAAACUACAGGCAUUUCUGUGCAGUUUAUUACAACAAGAGCCCUGGGUUUGAGAUUAUCCAUGGUUUGCUGGACAGGGUCAUGCAGCUUCUUGAAGUACCACCAAAUGAAGAGAAUGGCUACACGAUCAAGGCAACUGAAGGCUCAGCUUUCUUUCCUGGUCGCUGCGCCGAGGUCUUCGCCAGAGGUCAAAGCAUUGGGAAACUCGGAGUCCUGCACCCCGAUGUUAUCACCAAGUUUGAGCUCACCAUGCCGUGCUCUGCCCUGGAGAUCAAUAUUGAGCCCUUCAUGUGAGGACGGGACUGCAGCCCCCCGCUGGCACACGCGGUACCCUCUGCUCCUUUGUCUUUCUCUGCGGGGAAAGUCCACUUACGCUUUUAUGUUCCAAUAAAC